AUGCUUUGGACAGGAAGUCAUAUACAGGCUUUUGCUUCACAUUAUCUUGAUCUGAUGUGUCAUGGCAAAGUAGGAAACAAAAGACGGUAUCUCUUUCCAGUACAGAGGCAGAAUAUACUCGGAAGCAGAAUAUACUCAGAAUAUACUGCUCGGGAAGCAGUAUAUCUUAGGAACCUACUUAAUGAAAUUUUAGGUGUUGCGGGUGUGAAUGUGAAUGUGGACCCUCGAGCUGAACGUCCUUACUUCGACGACGUGUCUCCUCGUAAUGUGUCCACAGUGGUCGGUCAGUCCGCGGUGUUGAGAUGUCGAGCCAAACACAUAGGAAACAGAACGGUGUCGUGGAUGAGGAAGCGUGAUCUCCAUAUUCUGACUUCCCACAUCUUCACGUAUACCGGAGACGCGAGGUUCAGCGUGCUCCACCCGGAGCCUUCAGAUGACUGGGACCUUAAGAUAGAGUACGUGCAGCCGCGGGAUGCUGGGGUGUAUGAGUGUCAGAUCAAUACGGAGCCGAAGAUAAACAUGGCAGUCGUCCUCAGUGUUGAAGAUGAGUCCCUCACACCCGCGCCACAGCCUCCGGUUCGAUCCUCAGCUGCUGCAGCAACCAUCUGGGGCUCUCAGGAUGUGUACGUGAAGAAAGGUAGCACAAUAUCACUGACAUGCUCAGUGAAUGUUCAUUCCUCGCCGCCGUCAAGCGCCUCUGUGUUGUGGUAUCACGGUAAUGCUGUAGUGGAUUUUGACUCUCCUCGAGGCGGCAUUAGCUUGGAAACCGAAAAAACCGAAGGCGGCACAACUAGCAAGCUCCUCGUGACGAAAGCGGCUCUCACAGACUCAGGGAACUACACCUGUGUCCCGAAUAACGCACAUCCAGCAUCUGUGUCUGUGCAUGUGCUUAAUGGAGAGCACCCGGCCGCGAUGCAGACUAGUAACCGCGCCUCGUCUUUCCUCACGUCUCAGCUCAGCUGCGCCGCCCUCACAUACCUGCUGUCUUCAAUGGCCUACAGAUGA